GGUCCGGGGCUGGCUGCUGGGCUGCUGUUGGGCCUGCGAGCUGCUGCGGAGCUGUGCUCUGCUCUGGCUGGGCGGGGCUGGCCAAGCGGAGUCCGCGCGUGCCCGCGCUGAGCAGGCUGCUCCGGUGGCUCCGCUGCUCGUCUGCGGCAACGUUGCCCUGGAGUCUCCAGCAUGAACGAACUGAGGCUUAGGGCGGUCCGCGAGCCGGACGCGCCGCCCGAGGACAAGGAGUCGGAGCCAGAGGCAAAGGUCGAUGGAGAGACAGCGUCGGACAGUGAGAGCCGAGCGGAAGCUACUCCCCUGGCACCCUCCGUAGACGACACCCCAGAGGUCCUCAACAGGGCCCUUUCCAACUUGUCUUCAAGAUGGAAGAACUGGUGGGUGAGAGGCAUCCUGACUUUGGCCAUGAUCGCAUUUUUCUUCGUCAUCAUUUACCUGGGACCAAUGGUUUUAAUGAUAAUCGUGAUGUGUGUUCAGAUAAAAUGUUUCCACGAGAUUAUCACUAUUGGCUACAAUGUCUACCACUCCUAUGACCUACCCUGGUUCCGGACCCUCAGCUGGUACUUCUUACUGUGUGUAAAUUACUUCUUCUACGGCGAAACAGUGACGGAUUAUUUCUUCACUUUGGUCCAGAGAGAGGAGCCCUUGCGCAUUCUCAGCAAAUACCACCGCUUCAUUUCCUUUACUCUCUACCUGAUAGGAUUCUGCAUGUUUGUACUGAGUCUGGUCAAGAAGCACUACCGCCUGCAGUUCUACAUGUUCGGCUGGACCCAUGUGACGUUACUGAUUGUUGUCACCCAGUCACAUCUCGUUAUCCACAACCUGUUUGAAGGGAUGAUCUGGUUCAUUGUCCCCAUUUCUUGUGUGAUCUGUAACGACAUCAUGGCCUAUAUGUUUGGCUUCUUCUUCGGUCGGACCCCCCUCAUCAAGCUAUCACCGAAGAAGACCUGGGAAGGCUUCAUUGGGGGCUUCUUUGCCACUGUGCUGUUUGGCCUUCUGCUGUCCUACGUGAUGUCUGGGUACAGAUGCUUUGUCUGCCCCGUGGAGUACAACAACGACACCAACAGCUUCACUGUGGACUGUGAGCCCUCCGACCUGUUCCGCCUGCAUGAGUAUAACAUUCCCGAGGUGAUCCAGUCGGCCAUUGGCUGGAAGAUCGUCCGGAUGUACCCUUUCCAGAUCCACAGCAUCGCCCUCUCCACCUUUGCCUCGCUCAUCGGCCCCUUCGGAGGGUUCUUUGCAAGUGGAUUCAAACGAGCCUUUAAAAUCAAAGACUUUGCUAAUACGAUUCCUGGCCACGGAGGCAUCAUGGACCGCUUCGACUGCCAGUAUCUGAUGGCCACCUUUGUCAACGUGUACAUCGCCAGCUUUAUCAGGGGCCCGAACCCGAGCAAGCUCAUUCAGCAGUUCAUGACCUUGCGGCCGGAUCAGCAGCUGCACAUCUUCAACACACUCAAGUCUCACCUGACCGAGAAGGGGACGCUGACGGAGGCCACGGAGAACUAGCAGGGCCCUCGCGGGGCCGGGGGUGGGGUGUCGAGCAGGACUGAGCGAGGGGCCAGGGCUCCUGGGUGAGCCCAGCUGGGGUGACCUAGACGACGGCACAGCUUCAACUCACUGUCUUUUUCUUUUUAAAAUUUUUGGUAGAGUGUUUUUUACCUGUGGGUUGUAAGAAGAUUCUGUACAUACUGUCUACGUGCUUAUGAUUCGGGUUGUGAGUAAACUACAGCUUUGAGUGGGGAAGAAGUCAUGGGGAUGAAACCAUUUGGUUUUUUUGAAACAGAAGUUUUAAAAACCUGGAGGACAGCACUGCCUGGCUCAGCAGUGGCUGCCUGGCGCUUCUCGGUUUCAUUGGUCGAACUGGGCUCGCUGAGAGAGUGGCCAUUCACGGUCCGAGUGGGCUCCGGGCGCCCGUGCUGGUCUUUGUACUGCCACUCCCCCACCCCCACCCCCACCCCCACCUGCAGGGAAGAGGUGUGAGGUGUGGGUGUCUGUGCUGCUCUGUAAUCCCUGCCUUGGAGCUCCAGGGGUUUGCCUUCUGGAGGGAUAAAGGCUUACGUAUCAGAUAAGCAUUCUGUCCACAUCAAAUCCUGUGUGGAACAUGAGCUCUGCUUUAUGUUGUGGGUUCAUCUUGCUUCAUCACAGACUGAGAAGUUUUCUUGAGAAAGCUCAAAAAAUUAUUUAUAAUAGUCUGGUAAAAAAAACAACAACCACACUGUACUAUUUCAAGUGUAUGCAGUAGAAUGUACCGGAGCCGAGCCCCUCGCCACGUGUCCGGGCUCUGGCGGCUCCCGGAGGGCGGCCCAGCCAACUGCGUCUUUUCAGGGACGACGGCGUUCAGGUCUGUGCGGUAUGUAGACUGGUUGCUGCUGAAUCCUCUCUGGGGGCUUUCCUGCUGGGCAGCGAGCAGAGGGCUUCUCCUCUGUGCCCCGUUGCCUGACCACCCACCCACGUAGCUGCUGUGUUGUAUAUAUUUUACUCCUAAGGCAAAUGUGUAUUGUGUAUGUGUUUUAAAUAUCACUUCUUAAUAAGUGAUUUCAGUUGUACCACGACUUCUUCACUGAAACCAUAGAGUCCUGCUUAAAACUCUGGGAAACUCAACCCCAUUAGCGGUUUGGCUAUUCUGAAGAUUAAAUGCACACUUUUUAUAUAAUGUGACUAGUUCAAUGUAGUUUGUAUUUUACUGGGGGACCUUUUUUUAAAAGAAGAAAACUGUGAUUAAUUUUGUUUCCCUUCUUAAUGAUAAGAGAGAGGUUGACUUUGGGAGGGAGGGUACAGGAGAGAACUCGGCGCCCAAAGGGGUUCAGUGAUUCUGUGCCACAGUUGUUCUCAUUGCCAAAUGCGGGGGCGAUGGCUUCCAGAGCCCCUGGCCUGGCGGGAGUUUGUUCGGUUUCUGUUUGAAUCAGGCUCUCUGCCUCCCUGAAAGCUCACACGCAGCCUGGAUCCCCGGAGCGUGGGGCGCGGGGCUGAGCCCUGCGGCGUUUCAGCCUGCAGACCCUGCGCGGCCUGGCCCCCGCGUGCAGCGUUGAGGCAGCCUCUUCCUUCGGGACUUUUACUUCCAUUUAGCACACAGCUUUCCUUUUUCAGGUUCAAGUCCUUCCAGAACAAAAUGUGUUUUCACACGGCUUUAGUCCUGGCUGUGGGUCCCGGCAGGACAGGCACCUCACUGUCUGGGUCCUUGUUUUUGAGUUGUCCCCUAAUCCCAGUGUUUUGUGACCUGGCCGGGCAAGUCCGUGCGGCCAGAGGCAGCUGUGGGUGAUGAGUCAUGUCCCGGGCACCCAAAAAGCAAGUGUUGUCAGGUCCUUUCCGAAUGUUUAUCCUGAAGAUGAGGCGGUAUCUCAGCGAUGAAUUAAACAGCGGAGCUGAUUAGUCAUGAAUCUAGUUUUCUUACUGAAGAAUGAACUUGUUCUCCUGAACCAGAGACAGAAAGUCUCAUUGGUCUUGUGUUGCCUCCUUGUGGACACGUGGUGGGGUCCUUGGGCACAGGGAGUGUCAGCCGGAGCCCGGCAGCAGGGAGCCGCUCCUGGGUAGGGCUGUGUUUGCGUCAGGGUGCCUGGCACCCCCCCCCCCCCAGGAUGUGGUCUGAGGGUCUGGGGGGGGGGUCCUGGGAAGCUGAAGGUGGUUGCUCACCGGAGCUGCCAGCAAGAAGGCCAGAGGGCCAGCUUGGGUUUUGUUUUUUGGGGGGUUUCUCCACAUUCUUUCUGAUGAAUAAAAGGCGUUUCUUAGCGGGGUAGCCCGGAGAGCAGGCUACCUUGUGUCUUUGUAGCACAGUGCUUUUCUUGCUCCCAUUUAUUGAUGUUAUUCCACCUUCAGAUCAGAUUCAGAAAAUUAUUUUCACGUCUGUCUGUGCCGAUCUUAAUGGCGUAACUUGCUUCGCAUCCAUUUUGUGCGUGUGUGAGAAAUAAACGUGACAAACUGUGUGCCCUCCCUUGUCGUGAAUUCAGUUUCUCCCUUCCGUGCUUGACUUUCUUAUGUGGUACUCGUAACUGUUGUGCCGUCCUGAUUUAGAGAUUUUUGCUUUGCUUUCCAGUUUGAAUCACAUACAUUCUCAUGACAACCUGCCGAGCCCCCUCGGGCGAGACUCGCGGGCACUCUGCCGGAGACGGGAGAGAGCGUCCCGAGGGUCCCGUGGUGGAGUCGAGUCUCCAUCUUACCGUCCGCCCGCCAGGGCAAGGACUAGGCUGUCCCCAGCCCCACUGCCUUUGUAGAAGUGGCGUAAGUGCAUCUGAAAUUCGCUCAAGUGUAGGAGGCCUGACCUGCCCUCCAGGGAGGAGCUUCAGUUGCUGUUAGCUCCUGAGCAGUGGGAUAAAGGAGCUUGUGGACCAGGCGUCACAGAAACCAGGGCUUCUCUACCUUGAGCUGAGCCUGGCAUCCUCCCUGGUGAGUUUUGCUGUCACCUCUCACAGGGCACCUGUGUGUUUUCCCUUCCUGGGCGCAUGCCUCCUCAGCAUGAUAAAAGUAUGCACAUUUUCCUCCUGAAUGUAGAACUGUCCAGGGCAGCCCGGACCUUAUUUAUAUUGAUUAUUUUGGGCCUAUUUCUAUUCUGAACAUUUUAGUAGCUUUAGUAUAACUGUAUUUAAGACACAUUUACUUUUAGUGUUGUAUAAUUCUGUAAUGUAUAUUUGAAACUAGUGUCUCAGAAGGGGCGGACUGUAACUUUUAACUUUUUACAUAUGGACUUUUGAAGUCCGUUUUAUGGUAUUUAUCUUUUUCCACUGGGCUUCUUAGCCUGUUAGUUGACUUAUGUUAUGCAAGAAAGUUCCAAAAGUAUGCUUUCAGGGAGACUGAGCAAACCCUGGGGUCUGAGUCUAAGCUAGUUGCUAGUGGCUGAGUGGAUCCUUGAUCUUUGCUCUUCAGAGUGUCCCAUCAGGCCCAGGGGCGUCCCCGAUGUGACAGGGGUGGGUCGGGGGAGGACAUGGGUGACUCAAGGUGAAGAGCGUCACUGCUCGGAAAGCUGCGCAGUGGCCUUGUUCCCUGAGUGGCCUGCCCAAGGUCAGUUUUGUAAGGAAGUGUAUUUCCAUUACUCUGCCAAUGUGAUCUGUCAUUGCGGAAACUUGUUCCUGCGUCACCAUUGCCCUUUGUUUUCUGGAGUAACUCACCUCUGUGCCCACCUUGUACUGAUGUGCAGAGAAAAGGGUGGGUGGACAGGGGCGAUGUCACUUGUAUCCAGGGUUCCUGUUCUUUUGAAGUCAGGGUGGGAAGGAAGGGCUAAAGGGGGAUGUCUGGGUGAGUGUCGUGGUCACGUCACAAGACAGUGAACUGUGUGCAGACGCACACUGUACUGUCUGUAGCAGGGGCUCUGAAGGAGCUGCCGGAACAAACCAUCACGAAGGCAACGGGGUGGGCUGAGCGCAGUGGUUGAGAAGCUGGAUGUUGGGUUCAAACAGCCUUAGGCCUGGGCAGGUUCCUAAGUGCACCUGUGGCCCAGUUGUGUCUGACAGCAGCACCUUCAUUGUGGGAUUGUGAGGAUUUUAUGAGAUUAUGCGCGUUAAGCAUUUAGCACAGCACCUGACACGUAGUAAGUGCUCAGUAAAUGGUGGCUAUUUUUGUUGCACGGAGCUGGUCAUUUGCACCUAAGUUGCUGUGAUGUCAGAGACUGGGAUCCCAGCCACGGCACUGCCAAGAAAGGGGCUGAUUCUCGGGCAGGGCCUCACUGUUCCGUCCUUGUCUCAGUCAAAGCAAACUUCCUUUUCCCUUGUCUCUCCACACGGUCGGUGGCCCAGCUCCCAGUUUUUACAGAGGUGAACAGCUCCCACUUCCUGGCUUGGUUUCCUUUGUUGGGUGGAGGCCUUGCGGCACGACCCGCCGAGGGUGCUGGCAUUUGGACGGAGUGUUGAUGAAAGAGCCUGGUUUAAAGUCGUCUUCUAGGCUCACCUCUGGGUCCUGGACCCUGCUCACCCACAUGCCCUACAGGGCCGCCUCUGGCCAUUCUCAGUGAGCAACAGAGUCCCCGGCUGCCACCUGCAUCACUGUAAAGGGGCCCCACCUCCCUGUUGCUCCCAGCACUGCUCCACCGCCCCCUCCUCCAGAAGCGACCUUGCCCACCUGGGCUUUCCGAUGGGUGGAGGCUACUGCUCUUAUCUGCAGCUGCCUGUCCAUACAGUUGUUUACCUGUUUGUGUGUGAGCCGUGUUUUCACGGGCAGUUUGGGAGGUACUUUGGAUGCCAAAGUGUUGGGAUUUUUAGAACACGUGGAUGAUUUCUGUGAACAGAGGGCAGAACGUGCUAUCCAGGAUUCUGUGGCCAGUGGGUACUGAAUCCACUUGGCUGUUUGGAAACCCUGUCCCCUCUCCUCCUGUCUCCACCAAAUGCCCAGCUGCUGAGGCCCCUUUUCUUUUUCUUCUCCAGCCAAUAAGUUACCAGCAGUGUGUUUAUUAGUGAUAAUCACAACACUGACAAUAGUGCUUUAUAAAUGCCACACACAUACUAAGUUGCCGUAAUGCUGAGCCUGGGUUCUCAGCCACUGCACCGCCUCCUGCCCUGCACGCAGCCCGGGGCUCCGAGGUCUGGAAAGCAACCGCACGGACCUUCUGAGAGAGGAGUCCAGCUUCCACACCCACCUGCGGUGUCCGGGUGCCCCGCGCUUUAUGCGCAAGGCCAGCCUUGACAAAGGGAAGGAGACGGGGGCGGGGGCGAAACUCCCCACACUUGGUGGCUGUGGUUUGCUUGAGGCCUUCCUCACUUGCUGCUGCCCCUGGGGCGGAUUUUCUGUGGGAAAGAGGCUCAUUCUUCUUGUCCUCUUGCCCAUGGUGCCUCCACUCUAUGGGUGAGGGUCUCUGUGACUCGCUUAGGACCCCAUUUCCCCCCUCUAGCCAAGGGUGCACUCAGCUCAGGAGCCUGCAGCGGCGCCCGUACAAGUGGCCAUCACUAGCCAGAAGAGUGAAGAGAAGAGAAAGUACCUCUGUAGCAGAUUAUAACCCAGAGGGGAAGCCUAAAAGCUCUGCCCACCCCCCUGUGGCGUAAUGAGUCAGGGCCUUGUGUUUCAGCUUUCUCCAUGGCAUUAACGGUAGGAGCAGGGGGCCACGAGGACAUAUGACGUGGGCUGUUAUCGUUGGAUUGCAGGUGAGCAAAGGGUCAUGUGGGUCAUUCAUGAGCAAAGGGAGAAAGGCACCUGACUGAGUGAAAAACAUGUAAUUUAGUUUUCUGAAGAGGAGAUGGGGAGGGUGUGUGUGUGUGUGUGUGUGUGUGUGAGGUGGAGGACUCUUCACAUUGAAGGAAUGGUGUAGACAAAGACGACCUGUGAAAUCCAAGCCAGUGGAAUAAUAACUUGGAAUUACCGGCUUGACUGUGAACGGUUCCUGGGUGUGGGCGGGGAGUGGAGGCCAGAUCCAGAGGCCCGUGUGUUUCCCGGUCUCUCCCCUUCACUUACCUAAUGAAGUCACGACUGUGGCAGGAACGAGGAGAACGUGGUUGUGGAGGUGUUCAGUAAGCAGCUGCCGUGACGGACUGGUCCUGGGCUCGUCCUCUCGUCCUUCCGGCUCCGUGUUUUAUCAGGCCUCGCACUCCCUGCCUCUCCACUGCAUCUAGUGGGCCAGGCAGCUUUUUGUCUGUAGAGAAGAAGGCUCUCAGCUGGGGGCAGCACCGCCCGCCCCCCGGACAGUGCCCCUGUGGGGUCGCCCGGGCACUGGGCAGGGCCGAGCCCUCUGCCGCCUCUGGAGGGUGCCCGGAGGGUGCAGCCGGGUUGAGCCAUCAGCUGGUUCUGUGCCAGAUGAAAUAAAUCGUUUGCUGAUGGGCUGGCACACGAUGUCUCACUUCCAUUAGGUUCCUGGCCUGGGUUUGCUGGCUUUGUGCCAAGGAACACCCGCCCAGAAAGGGCGUUCAGAGUGUUUCCCAGCUGCUGUGCUGUCCCCCGACUUGCUUCCCCAGACCCGGUGUCUGUGCUGCACCGGGCCUCUCCGUGCGCCGUCCGACGGGUGUUAGACAUGCAGAUUCUUCUCCGCUGCAGUGUCCGAACAUGAUGGACUGUGCGUUGGAAGUAUUUACCUUAUUUAUAUAAUUGAAUGUUGCUAUUACACAAAUAAACAUCUACUGAAUUCUA